AUGAGUAAAUUUGUGGAUCGAUUGAAAACAGUAGUUAAUACUGCACAAAGUGCUGUCAAUACUGCUAGAAAUGUUGUGGCUGAAAAUUUAAUGGGAAAUCCCGUCUGUCGUGAAUAUGAAAUUAUCAAGCAUGUAGCUAGUGCUGGGCCUUUACUCUCGUGGAAAAUUUAUGAUGGCAUCAAGAAAUCGACUAAACAGCCGGUUUCAGUAUUCAUCUUUGAAAAAAAAUCAUUGGAGAAAAUGCCUAAACGACAGAAAGAACAAAUUUUCGAUAUCUUAAAAGGAGGUUGCAAGCAGUUGACCAAGUUGAGGCAUCCUCGAUUCCUAACAAUAGAGCAUGGCGUCGAAGAGUCAAGGGAAUCACUAGCCUUUGCUACCGAACCUGUAUUUGCUAGUCUAGCAAACGUAUUUGGAGAACACCAUAAUAUGCCUCAGGAUCAUGAACUUAAGGACUACGAAUUAUAUGACGUAGAAAGGAAAUAUGGAAUUAUGCAGUUAUGUGAAGCACUAAGCUUUCUACACGAGAAAGCGUCCUUGAUACAUGGUAACGUAACACCAGAAUCAAUAGUAAUUAAUAAGAGUGGUGCAUGGAAACUAGCUGGAUUGUAUUUCACAGUUACAAAGGAUCAUCCACAAGGAAUUUGGGAAUCCAAAAAGCAUCCUUUGACGCGUCCCGAAUUAAAUUACCUUGCUCCAGAACGAAUUACCGGUGCCCCUGGUGAUAGUAAUCUAGUUGCUUCCGAUAUGUUCUCCUGUGGCGUACUUAUUCACGCACUUCAUAAUAAUGGCAAGCCAUUGUAUGAUUAUGGAGACAAUCUUACAUCAUAUCGACGUGUUAUGGAACAGAAUACUCAUAUGGCUAAACUAAAGAUACCCGGGUCUUUGGCUGAUCACUGUAGGGCAUUAGUAAAUAUAGCCCCAACAUCACGGAUGGACGCUGACGAUGUGAUCAAAACUAACUUUUUUGAAGACGUAGGCGCAAUUACGUUGCAAUACCUGGAUUCUUUAUUUCAGAAAGACAAUGUAGAAAAAUCGCGAUUCUUCAAACAUGUUCAUAAAGUUAUUAGUAAUCUUCCAAAGCGGGUAAUAGUGCAGCGUGUUCUAACUUGCCUUGUCACUGAAUUAACGAAUUCGGACAUGAUUCCGUUCGUUCUUCCAAAUAUCCUAUUAAUUGCUGAAGAUCUUAGUCAAGAAGAAUAUAUGUCUCUUAUUUUUCCUCAUAUCAAACCAUUGUUUGCAUUAGAAGAACCAGUUCAGAUCCUACUAAUUUUUAUGCAAAAAAUGGAGUUAAUUCUGAAAUUAACACCUACUGACGAGGUCAACUCAUUCGUCUUACCGUUACUGUACAGAGCAUUAGAAAGUAGCCAAUACGAAAUUCAGGAAAUAUGUUUAAGUAUACUUCCCAACCACACUGAAAAUAUUGAAUAUUCAUAUAUAAAAAAUAAUAUCAUUCCUAGAAUCAAAGCUCUGUGCCUGGAUACAACAGCAUUAUCGGUCCGUAUUAACUGUCUAGUAUGUCUUGGAAAGAUGUUGCCGAUCAUUGAUAAAUUAACGGUGAUGGACUUAAUCCUACCAAUGCUACAAGAAAUCCCAUCCCGGGAAGCUGGUGUAUUAAUGUCAAUACUGGGAAUUUAUAAAACUACCUUUGAGCAUAAACGCCUUGGAUUUGAUCUGGAACACUUAGCUCGCGUGGCCAUUCCAUUUCUGACACCGUUGUGCAUCGAAUCGUGUCUCAAUGCUAAUCAGUUUGGCCAGUAUAACAAUUUGUUAAAAGACAUGUUUGGACGCAUUGAAUCUGAGCAAUCUGCAAAAUUGAAGCAGCUUGGCGAAAUGCAGGAGGAAACUGCGUAA